AUGUUAUUGGAUCCCAGGAAACCCACAACCAUCAAGUGGAAGAAGUCUAAAUUACAUCAAAUUGUGCCUUUCUGGGGAAAUUGGAACAGCGAAAUAAACAAGGGUGUGAGUGGUAGCGUGAGGGAGAAGAGGGUGGAAAUCAGAAGAAAGAUGAACAUCAGGAGAGAGAACCAGAGCAGUGUGCCUGAGUUCCUCCUCUUGGGGCUCCCUAUGUCACCAGAACAGCAGGAUGUGUUCUUUGCCCUGUUCCUGGGCAUGUAUCUGACUACAGUGCUGGGGAACCUGCUUAUCAUUCUGCUCAUCAGGCUGGACUCUUGCCUUCACAUCCCCAUAUACUUCUUCCUCAGCCACUUGGCCUUCACUGAUGUCUUCUUGUCAUCUGUCACCGUCCCUAAGAUGCUGAUGGACAUGCACACUGAGUACAAAUCCAUCCCCUAUGCAGGGUGCAUUUCACAGAUCUAUUUUUUCAUAUUUCUUACUGACCUGGACAGCUUCCUUAUUACGUCAAUGGCAUACGACCGCUAUGUUGCCAUAUGUCACCCUCUUCGCUACACUACCAUCAUGAGGGAGGAGGUGUGUGCCCUACUAGUGGCUAUAUCCGGGAUCCUGUCCUGUGCCAGCUCCCUUUCCCACACCCUUCUCCUGACCCAGUUAUCCUUCUGUGCUGCUAACACUGUCCCCCAUUUCUUCUGUGACCUUGGUGCCAUGCUCAAGCUGUCCUGCUCCGACAUCUUCCUUAAUGAGCUGAUUAUGUUCACAGUAGGGGUGGUAGUCAUUACUCUGCCAUUCAUAUGUAUCUUGGUAUCUUAUGGCUACAUUGGGGCCACUAUUCUGAAAGUCCCUUCAACAAAGGGGAUCUGCAAAGCAUUGUCCACGUGUGGCUCUCAUCUCUCUGUGGUGUCUCUGUAUUAUGGGGCAAUAUUUGGACAGUACCUUUUCCCAACAUGGAGCAAUUUCAUUGACAAGGACAUCAUUGUGGCUCUCAUGUACACAGUGGUCACACCCAUGUUGAACCCCUUUAUCUACAGCCUUAGGAACAGGGACAUGAAAGAGGCCCUUGGGAAACUCUUCAGUAGAGCAACGUUUAUCUCACAGAGCCAUCAUCUUUUUUUUAAAUCAGAAACUCAUUUUGGUUGA